CUGAUAUCUCUGAAAACAAAAAUACCAGCGUGCUUCCCUUUGAAUCUCCUUCAUACACGUCUGAAACAGACCCUACGUGGAGGUACAGAAAGAAGUACAAUUGUUUGGUUGUAGAAGACACGGAAGAGGGAUUUUCGAGCGAAGAAGGGGAAGAGGUAACCUCUGUGUAUGACCCGACCAAAUUGACAUGCGUUGAAUAUUUUUUCAUGGAUGACCCUCCAAAAAGACCUUCUUGGCUGGAACCAUGUGGUGACGUGUUAUGCCCGGUGUGCACAGUCGCUGGAGCUGAAAGAUAUGCAAGACUUGCAGCUGAAGGACGUCCAGCCCCGGGCAUGGAGAAGAAGUACUAUAAAAUCAUCCGAGCUCUUCAUCCUCGUCCUCGCAAACUCCCCCACACUCUGUGUCUGGUGAGCUCUCGUGAAAAUAGGCAGUCAUGGCCACUUUCUCUACUACAAAAUCCUUGCCUAAACCCAACUUGUGUAUAACAUCUCCGUCCUCAUCAAGAGGCUUUGGCUCUUCUAAACUUCCAUUUCUUCCUCACAGACGCAGUAAAAGAAAUUUGAAGAUUAAUUGCUCCCUGCAGACUCCUUUGCUCCAUUUUCCCAACCAAUCUUCCAUUUCUUCCUCAAAUUCAUCAUGCCCGCGGGAGGAAAUUCCUUCUUCUUCGCCUCAACGGUGGAAUUUCUUUCAGAGGGUGGCGGCAAUGGCUUUGGACGCCGUGGAGGAGAAGCUAACAGAGCACGAGCUCAAUCAGACUCUCCCCAAAACGGCGGACCCCAAGGUUCAGAUUUCUGGUAAUUUUGCUCCGGUGCCUGAACAGCCCGUCCGGCAAGCAGUUCCGGUGGCCGGGAAGAUCCCGGAGUGCAUACAGGGCGUGUACGUCCGGAACGGCGCGAAUCCCCUCCACGCCCCUGUGGCUGGCCACCACUUCUUUGACGGUGACGGCAUGAUUCACGCCGUCCGGUUCAAGAACGGCGCCGUCAGCUACGCGUGCCGGUUCACGGAGACACACAGGUUCGUCCAGGAACGGGCCUUGGGGAGGCCGGUUUUCCCAAAAGCCAUCGGAGAACUUCACGGCCACACCGGGAUCGCUAGGCUGAUGCUCUUCUACGCUCGCGGGCUUUUCGGCCUCGUCGACGGGAGUAAAGGCACGGGAGUCGCGAACGCCGGCUUGGUCUACUUCAACAACCGCUUGCUGGCGAUGUCGGAAGACGAUUUGCCGUACCACGUGAGGGUCACGCCCUCCGGAGACCUGAAAACCGUCGGGAGAUACGAUUUCAACGGCGAACUCAAAUCCUCCAUGAUCGCGCACCCGAAGCUCGACCCUGUUUCCGGCGAGCUCUUCGCCCUCAGUUACGACGUGAUCCAGGCCCCGUACCUGAAGUACUUCUGGUUUUCAAAGUCGGGGAGAAAAUCACCCGACAUCGAAAUCCCAGUCCGGGACCCCACAAUGAUGCAUGAUUUCGCAAUCACGGAGAGAUUCGUGGUCGUCCCCGACCAGCAAGUGGUGUUCAAGAUAUCCGAGAUGGUCGGAGGAGGAUCGCCGGUGGUGUACGACAAUAACAAAGUGGCAAGAUUCGGAGUCCUCAACAAAUACGCCAAAGAUUCUUCAGAAAUGAAGUGGGUGGAAGUGCCGGACUGCUUCUGCUUCCACCUCUGGAACGCAUGGGAAGAACCAGAAACAGAGGAGGUUGUGGUCAUCGGGUCAUGUAUGACUCCCCCGGAUUCAAUCUUCAACGAGAGGGAAGCCGAAUUGAAGAGCGUUUUGUCCGAAAUUCGACUCAAUCUGAAGACGGGCAAGUCCACGAGAAGAGCAAUCAUCCAAAACCAGUACCAAUUGAAUCUAGAGGCCGGGAUGGUGAACAGGAACAAGCUGGGGAGGCGAACCAGGUACGCAUAUCUGGCCAUAGCAGAGCCGUGGCCAAAAGUCUCCGGCUUUGCAAAAGUGGACUUGUUCACCGGAGAAGUGAUGAAAUUCAUGUACGGAGAGGAGAAGUACGGAGGCGAGCCACUGUUCCUGCCGCCGGCCGCCGCCGCGGAUGGGGAGGAAGACGCGGGGCACAUCCUGGCCUUCUCGCACGACGAGAAGGCGGGGAGUUCAGAAUUGCAAAUUGUGAAUGCCCAGACAUUAGAUCUGGAGGCCACUGUGAAGCUGCCAUCAAGGGUUCCUUAUGGCUUCCAUGGCACAUUCAUCAACGCCAUGGACUUGGCUUUCCAGGUUUAGAUUAAAUAGCAGGUCGUCCCAGAUUCCUGGAAUGGAUCGGAGGAGAUUGACCAGUGGGGUGGUUGAUUAUAUUCAUUAUAAAUACAUCCCCGGAAUCUUCUUCGCCAGUUAAUUAUUUAUUGAGUGCGUUUAUUUUUAGUUUACUUUAUUAUUCAUGUGAGAGGUUUUCAGAAGCCAGUUUGUAGCUUUGUGGACUUGCUUAUUAGGAGUGAAGCUCAGCUGGUUUUCUGCUUAUUCUUUCACAUUGCUUAGGUGCAUGAGGGAAAUGGAGUAUGUAUAUUGGAAUGAAAUAAUCUCCAUAUAGCUCUUCAAAUAUGCAUGUGUUCUCUGUUGUACAUGAAAUGUGUCCACUUUUGGCCUUCCUAUUAUUAUUAUAUUAUAUUGUCCACUUUUAAUUUUUGUUUGUUCAAAAUUAAAAAGAUGUGAUCAUA